AUCGAUCGAGGGCGCGGCGCCAUGACUGUGUCGAUGCAAGGGCAAGAGGCCGGGAGUAUCCAGAGAAUGCCGAUUGUGGGAUCCGGCAAGAUCUGGGAGGAGAUGCUGGCUCGCGAAUUCUCGCAUCACAGGCAAGGAAUCGCGAGAAUCAACAACGGGAGCUUUGGGAGCUGUCCUCGAUCGGUCCUGGAGGCGCAGCAGCGGUGGCACAGGCAGUGGCUGGAGCAGCCGGACGAGUUCUACUUCGGCCCCCUGGAGAAGGGAUUGCGCGCGUCGCGGGAGGCGAUCGCGUCCAUCAUCCGCGCGCCCGACGUGGAGGAGAUCGUCCUGGUGGACAACGUGACCACGGCGGCGGCGAUGAUCGCCCAGGACAUGGCGUGGGGAUUCCUGGAGAAGAGAUUCCACCCCGGCGACGCCAUCCUCAUGCUCAACUGCAGCUAUGCCGCCGUGAAGAAGUGCUUCGAGGCCUACGCUGUUCGCGCCGGCGCGAGGAUCAUCGAGGUGGAGCUCGCGCUUCCAAUCCUCUCCGCCCGGCAGAUCAUCGACAGCUUCCAGCGAUCGCUGGAGCAGGCCGCCAAGAGCUCCACCACCAUCCGGCUGGCGGUGAUCGACCACAUCACCUCGAUGCCAUCGGUGGUUCUCCCGGCGCGAGAUCUCGUCGCCCUUUGCCGCGACGCUGGAGUGGAGCAGAUCUUCGUGGACGGCGCUCACGCGAUCGGCAACAUCGAGCUGAGCGUGGAGGAGAUCGACGCCGACUACUACUCGAGCAAUCUCCACAAGUGGCUCUUCGCUCCACACAGCGUCGCGUUCCUCCACGCCAAGGCCAAGCAUCUGGAGCGCCUCCACCACCCGGUGGUGUCUCACAACUUCAAGCUGGGGCUCUUCAGCGAGUGUUCUUGGGUGGGGACGAGAGACUACACCUCCCAGCUCGCCGUGACCGCCGCGGUGGAGUUCAUCGAUGGGAAUCUAGGUGGCCUCUCCAGUCUCAUCGCUUUCAAUCACCGGGGGGCGAUGGCGAUGGCGGAGAUGCUCGCGGCGGCGUGGGGGACGCAGUGUGGGACGUGUGCCGAGCUUGCUUCGUCCAUGGCGAUGGUGGAGCUCCCGGCGAAGCUGGAAGUGGCGAGCGAGGAGGCGGCGCUGGAGAUGAGGACGAGGCUGCGCAGGGAGUUUGGAGUGGAGGUGCCGAUUUGCUUCCAGGCGGGGGGAUCGCCCAGCGCGAAUUCGAAGAGCAAGAGAUCCGGGACGGCGUACGCGAGAGUUUCUCACCAGAUUUACAACAAGCUCGAGGACUACGCGAGGCUGCGAGACGCUGUGAAAUCCUUAGCUCGCUAGAUUGCGAAGAAUGUUUUGGAUCAUACGUGGAUAAAUAAUAAACCUUUGCUCCUGUUAAAGCCUCUUAAAGUGGGUUUGUGUUCUAGGGUUUAUGAAUGGGCCAGGGAUGGAGCUCGGAAAAUGCGAUGGAUUUCUGCCGAUCGAGAGCUCUAACAUCUCAGUGCUGCUCGAGCACUGUGGUGAAUCUUUGAGAAUGCAAUGCCAUGGCGCGAUUUCUUUUUCUUGGCGCUGGAGCUCGUCACAGAAGAUCCGUGAAAUCUGAGAGGAAGAGUGCGCUGUGAUGCGCUUACUUUUGUGCUCCAACUGUGUUAGCUCCAGGCGGACGCUGUCCAUCGUUUGGUAAAUUUUGGUUUUCAAGCUAAGAAUCGCGUCCAUUGCUAUUCCUUUUUUUGUGCUCGAGAUGGACUCGUGUUGUGGCAGAUCCUUGAACGAUAUUGAUAGUUUCAGCAUCUUUUCGAAACACUUAUGAGGGAGCUCCAUCCUUUUCUCUCAAGAUCACCUGCGAUUUUAAGCUCAAUAUUGGCUUUUUACCCCACAUUGCCAUGACGAUUGGCAAUCUUUCUCUUUUCUUGUGUUUCUGAUGGAGCUUUUCAGGAUAUUUCGCGAGGUUUUUCUUUUUGUAGCCUGCUAUUGCUGAAAGCCGAAGCUCGAAACGGUUUCUUCUUAUAAUUUCUAGUUUUGAAUCACGUACUAAUUGACGAUUUUUCUACGACGAAUUUCCUUUAUGAGUUUCUGGAACUCAAAUAGGAGAAGAUAUAACUGUUCUUCUUUGGAGGUUGAUGAUUUAAUGAUAUUGCAGCUACAUUGUUUUUGGCUUAGCGCAACAGUUUCAGCAGUAGCGAAUCAACGAAGGCUAGAUUGUGAGAAGGCUGCAAACGACGGAGAUGAGUUCAGCAACUUAUCAGAACUCCUAUAAGUCACGUUCAAGGCUGCGGUUCUGCUAAGCUGGUCUUUGGGUCUGUAAGCGAAAAAGAAAUUCAGCUCCGAUUCCAAAGGUACUUGAAGCAGCUCGGUAACUCCUUCCAUCAUCUGUAUAACCUUGCUCAUCGAGGGCCGUAAGUUUGGAUCGUCUCGAACACACAACGCCGCAACAUUCUUCAAUCUUUCCUUUUCGUUCUCUUCUUCAGAGAGGUAAUCGCCUGAGAGGUUCCUGUUCUUGCAGCCUGUUAUGAUCUCGAGCAGCAGAACCCCGAAGCCGAAAACAUCUGUUUUUUCAGUCACCGUUCCUUCCUGAAUACACUCCGGUGCAACGUAGCCAGGGGUGCCUCUCGUAAUCGUCAGCUGCAACUGGCUUUCCUUCCUGUUCAUGAGCUUGGACAAUCCGAAGUCUGCUAUCUUCGGCUGGAAACCAUCGUCGAGGAGUACGUUCUCCGGCUUCAGAUCCAGGUGGAUUAUCCUUUCAACACAGUCAUCGUGAAUUCUGUCGUCUUCAAAUAUCCACCGUUCUAGAGAGCCAUUCUUCAUAUACUCGUACACAAGGAGCCUUUUCCGGGGCCCUUGCGCACAGAAUCCCAGCAGCUUGACGAGGUUCCAGUGGUGCGUCCUGGCUAGGAUUCCAACUUCCGCAAAAAAAUCCUUACUUCUCUGGUUCGAGCCUUCGAGCUUCUUUACAGCAACUUCAGUUCCAUCGGCAAGUAAUCCUUUGAAAACGCUUCCGAAUCCUCCAUUCCCGAGGCAGUUACUGAACUUCCCUGUUACUUCUUCAAGCUCCUGGAAACUGAAGCGCCUGGGCAUACCCGCCAUGAGGGAUAGCUGCAAGGUGCUUUCUUCUUCUCCCUCGUCGUCAUCAUGCUUAUUUCUCCUCCGGCAGUGCCAUCCGAGACAGACUAUCAGCAGGAACAGUGUUGGAACAAGUACUCCCAACGUGAUGGCCUGGAGUUGUUUCUUGGAAACUUUUCGAGGGCGGGCAACUUUCAGCAGAGCAACGUACUUCCCAGAUCGGAGUGACUGCACGUCGCCGUGCGUGAGAAAGCAGCUCCCGUCAUCAUAAAAGGCCGCCGUGCAGGUGCAGUUCGACUCACAGCGCCCCUGACACGCCUCCACUGAUGCUUCAGGAACUGGAGUGGAAUAAUUUGUGGAGAAGUAAUCAGCUCCCUCUCUUCGAACGAAUCGAUACUCGAGCUGGUCUUCGCAUGUCUCUAGUGGAUAUGGUGGCUGGCAGUCUUCACCUCUUCUUGCAAAGGUUCUGUAUCUUCCACAUCCACUUGGAAGAAAGCACUUGAAGAGAGUCGAAAACCUGAAGAAAUCUAUCCAGUUUGUACCCGUCCAAUUCCAGGAGUACAAGACGACAUCCCCGUCCGGUUUCAGCUUUAUGAAAGUGGAGGCCGUGAGUUGUGACCCAUCUAUUGGCAACUCCAUCACUUGGUCUCUUAAAUCUCGACUGGAACAUGACCAGGAAAACACCAACCCCAAGUCAUCACGCUUCGUUUCAAUCUGUGAGAAGUUGGCGCGCAGAUCCAGAGACACGAUACCAUCGUUUUGCCAGCAAAACACCGCAAACAUAUCUUCGUCGCUGGUAAUAUUACCGAAGCUCCAGUAUGGCUCCGAGGCGUACAACAGUUUCAGUCUGUUUUUCUCCAUGACGAGACUAUAGAGGCCAUCGCUGCUGUCUUCUGAAGUAUUCCAACUUACGAGCUUAUCUCCCGGCUUAACUGCUCGUUGCAGCAGCACAGUAUCCGAAGGAGCAUUACAGUUGCGCGAUUGGAGAUGGCGAGCCAUCGGACCCCUCUGUUUGCAGUUUUGGAGGACCAGACAACGUCGCCGCUUUCUUCAAGCUUCAGCUCUCCAUCUACGGAUGACCGGUCUUGUUAGAUCCCAAAACUCCCUUGGAUUGCGGAUGGCAAUGAGUGCCAGGAAAAACGAUUUUGGCGUUUCAGCGUUAUAACUCAGCAUCCACACCUGCGUAGCGGCCACUCAAACCGUAUGGAUCAAGCGGAUACAAAGGACCAUCUAUUUUGGUGGUGAAAUUCCUGUAAUACAGUGCCGCUUGAGCAGAGCGAAGGAUGAAAAUCGACGAGACGAGGAAGUACAGCUCUCUGCUAGCCAUGGCUUGCGUUGCUGGGGAGCGCGCUCACAUACUCGGGAGUUCCAGCGACUCGAAGCAUUAGCUUUGAAGAAGUCUUUCCGCAAUCUGUGCCGCUGUUCAUCGUUGAGUUUUAGUAAUGCCAGGAAAUUGUCUCGUCGGGACUGUUUCAACGCUAAUUGCUAUUCAAUGCGGCACUGCAAUGUGACCAUGUGCGAGAAACACUGCGCGACGCUGCGACGUAGGGAACGAAGAACACGAUUCUGAACCACCAAACCCAAAACUCCUAGAAGCAUUGUGAUCGGCAUCGAUUCUCUUGUUGAACAAUGACGAAAUACUUCCUCCGAAGGUGUAUUUUUACUUCUUUGACAAAGAAUGGACCUCAACAAAUUUUGUGAUUUUCAGAGGCAAUACUAUACCUACGUUUAAAUUA